AUGAAAAAUGUAACGCGGCUGUGUGUGUGGCUUCUCAUCCUGGCCAGCUGGGCAGCCGUUCGCUGCAGGCGGGUUUGCGAGCGAGCGGUAGGGGGCAAUUACAGUGGGGCUGCGAGCUUGUCCAGCGGCCUGUCCAGCGGCCCGUCAAGCGGCCUGCCAAACCACUACAGACGGGAGACAAACAGGGGGAAUCUCCUUUUCCUCAAAAAUAAGUUAAAAGAAAUUUGGGACAGCUUUACUGCCGGGGGGGGCCACCACACCAAUGAGCCAUCCAAGGAGAAGCAAAACAGUUUCAACUUGAAAAAGGCUUUCCACAGCUUUGCUCCGAAGGGUGAAAACGAAAUCGUCAGCAGAGUCGUGGUCCGAAACAGCACUGUGAUUAGCCCCACCCUCCUUGCCAAGUUACUCUCCAGAGAGAAAAUAAAAACCAUUCGGCACAAAGACAUUGAUAGGGUUGUUAAAAUUGUUUCGGACUUUUACAGCAAAUCCAAUUACCUCUUCUCGCGUGUCCUUCGACACGAAGUCGUCGAGGAGGGGGGCCAGGACGUGUUGGUCAUCUACGUGGAGGAGUUGAUUCUGGGCCGGGGGGCCGUCCAGAUCCGGGUGCUCCGCCCGGCAGGAAAAGCGGCAGAAACAGCCAGACCAACGACUACUCCAACUGCCACUCCACCCACUUCGCCUACCACUUCGCCUACCACUUCGCCUACCGCUCCCCCCCCAGGGGAACUCCUCUUCGAGCGCAAGGGCUCCGCCGGGGGCGUGGCCGGCGCCGCGCCGAGCCCCGAUGACCUGCAGAGGCCCGAGGCCGCGCCCAACAAGCUGCGCAAGUUCCUCGAGCAAAAAAUGAACAUCAAGGAGGGCAGCAUCUUCGUGUGGGACCAAGCCACGUUCGACCUGCUACUCAAAUCGAAUCUAUUCUCUUACGUACACGUGAAGCUGCUUCACAACAAGCAGGAAAGGAAGCACCUACUACAAGUGGACCUAGUGGAAAGUAAAAGGUUUUCAUUCGUCCCAUCCAUAUCAAAGGGAUUUAACUCUCUCUUGGAUUUAUGCGUUAAUGUUACGCUUGGCUACCUGCACAGCAUUAACUAUGGGGACAAAUUCAGGUUGAAGCUUUUUAAAAAUCUCAGUUACAAAGAGAAUAAGCAUGACUACGACGUAGUCUUCGUAAACGACAUCAUAGAAUUGGAGAAGCUGCGGAGCAACGCACAUGCGUAUUUCCUUUUCGGGGCCAACGUCAACCAGGCGUUUAAGAAGGAGCUAGACGGAUCGGCCCUCACCGAGUGUGUGAAAAUUAUGAACAGGCAAGGUGAAAAUGGGGGGAAAAGGGGGAGCCAAAAUGCGCACGGGGGGGUUAUAAAUCCGGGGCAACUCCUAGAGAAGCAUCUUCCUGGUCAGCGCGAUUCGCUCCCCCGAGGCCCCCCCCCGCAGCGGAAGAACAUCUACAGCUACCUGCACCGGGGGAAGGUCUUCCUUUUCGCCAUCAGGAAAAUCCGCAGCACCGUUUUGGAGAUCAAACUGAAGGCGAAGAAGGAGCUCUUUCACAAUUUUCUCUACUUCUUGGGGGUGGGAAAUGAUUACUCGGAGGGGAGUUCCCAAGAGGGAAGGCUCCACCCCCUCCGCCUCCUCCCCUUUUGGAGGAACCCAAGCAACAGCCAAGUGCUAUCAAACCAGCUAUACAACAUUUACGGGUCAAAACUGAAACUGUCCGGCUGCCUAAACGUUUAUUCCUCCAGCUGGUUUGAAAAAGCAAAAUGCAUGAAGUCUUUCUUCAACGUGAAGAAUAAGGUGGACUUGGUUUUCUACUUCAGCACGGAUAGGAAGUUUCGCCUGGAGGGGGGAAGUCCCCAUGUGGGGAGAGGUUCAGGGGGCACACCCGAUCUGAGGUCAACCAUGCUGUCCUUUCUUAAGGAGGCCAACAAGAGGGGGGGGGGCUUCCUCUCCAUUGGCAAGAUAAAAAACGCGUACCUAAACUACACCCUUUCCUGUCAGAAGAAUUACAAAUUGAAUCUGUUUGACCUCUUAUGUAGACUCAAACGGGUGUUCACCUACCGGGGGGGGGGAAGUUCAAGCCAAGAGGUGAAACCGCCUACCACUGGGGAAGAGACCCCCCUCGUACUGGUCCCCCUGUAUAAGUGCAAACUAAUCAUGAACGAUGCUCACCUUUUACUAAACGUGGCCUUUUUUUUCAAAAGGAAUUUAUGGGAUUCACAGCAGGGUUGUAACAUCCCCUUUACUUGGGCGUCAGGAGGAGAGAGGCAUGGAAAGGGUCCCUGGUCGUACUACCACCAAGUGAAAGAGCUCCUCCGUGGGGUUACGGCCAAAAGUAGGAAGAGGGAUGGCCCCAAUUUUGAAGAAGACUUAACGCGGAUCACUCUUCCGAGCGGCGAUUCACCAACGGGGAGUAGCCCCCCCAGCAGCAGUAGCAGCGGCAGCAGCAGCAGCAGCACGACGUAUAACAUAUGCAGUGUCAACCUGAACGACGCCCAGAAGGAGGAGCAAAAUAAGGUGAGCCUCUCGGUGAACUCCAAACUGAUACUGCCCGUGCUGUUUGAGAAUUACUUCCUCAACCUGAUGGACUUGCGGCUCUACCUCUUCCUCAACUGCAGCCUCUUCGGCACAGGCGGUGGUAGCAGCAGUCAUAGCAGUCAUGGCAGUCAUAGCAGUCAUGGCAGUCAUAGCAGUCAUGGCAGCCAUAGUGGUAGUGGUGAUGGUGCUGCCCGGGGGGAGGACGGCCGAAAGAGCGCCCUCUACAACUACCUCAAACUGUCCUUCCUCAAGAGCAAGCGGAAGAUGCACCACUCGGCCUGCGGCUUCGGGCUCCUUCUGUCAAACGUCAACAUUUUUUUAAACUUCCCGAUUGGCCGCCGCUCUCUGCUCCCCUCGCUCGUUUUGCAGCUCGACGAAGGGGCCUCCCGGUUCGGGUACCUCUCCUGA